AUGAGCUUGAAGAUACAUCCUUUUUGGUGUGAUGAUCAAGUUAUUAAAAAUGUAAAACCAAUAAUAAGUGAGUUAUUUGAUAUGUUACUGGAAAAUAUUGAGGUUAAAAGAAAGAAGGAAAAUUACCUAAAUAAUAUAUUGAUUGAGAAAAAUAAGUUCCAACUAGAUACAAAAGAGCAGGAAUUAAAUCCAAAUUUGGAGCAAGAUGAAGAACAAAAAAGAGUGAUCAUGAGUAGGAAGGUAAGGAAUGAAGCAAUCCAAGAAAGAAUAAAAAUUGUAGAUAGAGAAAUAACAAUCCUAGAUGGUCAAAUGAGAUUAAGACUAGGAAUUAUUGCAAGUUUAAUCUUUGGAAACCAGUCAGUUCUGGUAUUUAAACAGUGGAAUGAAAAUUACUCCGAAAUAAGUCAAGAUUACGGUUUAUUAUGCUCUUCAUCUAAUAUUAAUAGUAACUUUAUAACAAAGCUUUCUGUGUUUAGAGAAAUUGAAGGUUCAAAUAAGAAUAAUUUAGUGUUUGAAAUGAAACAAGAAAUAUCAGAAUUACAAGAAAAGACUUUUUUACUAUGUCUUUCAGAUAGUAUUACUAGUAACCAUUCAAUAUAUAUUACUAAGCUUUCAUUUUCUUCAUAUAAUGAUUCAGAGGAAAUUCGUACCCAUACAGAAAAUAAUUACAUCCAGCUUAAAGAUUCUGAAGGUAAAAAUGAGCUUGAAUACUAUGAAUUUCUGGAAAUGGACAAAGAAGGGUAUGAUCAAAUUUUGGUAAGAACGAGAGUUCCAAAUGACCAGAAAUGCUCAAAUUUCAAACUUAUAUUACUGGAUAAUCACAAAAAUCUGGUUGGAAAUGGUAAUUUGUUAUCUGAAACAAAUAUGAUAGGUUCUCAAAAUAUUUGUUUUUGGAGCUUGAAAUUGGAAAAUUCUCAAUUCAAAAAUUCUGAUCUACUGGAAAUUGUGCAAAGACACAGAGACAGUGGAGCUAUCUUUCCCGUAUCAAUAGUGAAGUUAUUGCCUUUAAACCAUGAAAAUCGUAUGGGUAGAUCUAUUUUCUCAAACUCCACUUUGUUUAAAGUACUUUUCUUAAUUUUGAACUUAAUCCCCAUAACAUUACUUACAUUUGGAGUUUAUAUAAUUCUGAUCGAAAUUUGGACGAUAAUACCUCCAAAAUUAUUUAAAAAUAAGAAAUACCUUAUUAAUCCUACAUUAAAAUCUAGUAGAUAUCAACCAAGAGCUAAUAAUUGUGGCAAAGAAACCUUUAGCAAUACAGAAAAAGAAAGAAACAUCAGUAGGCAUGACAAUAUAAAAGAAACUAAGCCAGUGCAACUCUCCAACUUUGAUAUCGUCACCAAAAAAGAUCUGAAUUCUGAAGAAUCAGGACUCUCUUCAGGGGAAAAUGAGCAGAUAGUCAAAGAUGACCCUUUCAGAUAUUUUGACUCGGACUGCUCAAUUAGCACUCACACAGGUAUUUAA